UAGGAGGAGUACAAUGUGAGUUAGCUUUAGUAUUUGUUAGUGAGUUCAUAACUGAAAAGGCCAUGAAGACGAGCUUGGCAUGCAUUCUUAUUUUCCUUCAGUUCUUUGAAGCCUCUUCUGAGUUGAUCCUCCAGCAGCUGACGGAGAGCCAGUCUCUGGAGCUCUCCUGUUUUACUCAGCUGGAGCCCGGCAGCCUGACGGGCCUCUACCUUUACCACCGCAGCGCCCACAGCCAGACCACCCUGCUGUCCAUGGCUGUGGGGGGUGAGCUCAGGGUCGCCCUGGGGUACAAGGGGCGUCUGCAGCUGAAUGGAGGUCUGGACUCCCUGCAGGUUAACGUGACUGUGUCCCAGUUACAGCACAGCGACACGGGACUCUACAUGUGGGAGCUGACCUACAUGGAGGACAACAGGUCUGAUCAGAUCACCCUCAGCGCUCACACGGUUUUCUUGUUAGUUGAAGGGACAGGAAGGCCAUGCCAGUGCUCUCCCAUUUACCCUCCUCUGCUCUUCACCAUCUUCACAGUAGGAGGGAUUCUUCUGCUCACACUCAGCUGGCUGGCCGUAGAGAAAUGUGUGAAGGCGAGGUAUCACAGACCACAACCUCCGGUUCCUAUCUAUGAGGAAAUGACCAGGAAGCAGCAGAAUGUUGAAAAUAACCCUGAGACACCCCCACACCUGGAGGAAGCAGACUUCCCUGUGUACGCUAACCCAAACAUCCGACAACCACAGGAUAACUACUACGCUUGUCCCAGACAGCUCGCCCUCAGAGCGUCACGUGACUUCUGUUGUAGCAAAGAUUCACAGGAAGCGACAUCAGCUCUUUACCGUGUUUAAUAUGAGAGCGAGAGGCUAUUUCCCAUCCAGGAAGUAAGAACAUCUCAGUUAGGUGGAAGAGCGACAAACGACAAAUAGGACGUUUUUAACAGCCAAGAAAAAAAUGCUAUUUUAUUAAUAUUUGAAAGAAGCUCCAUAGUUCAUGAAAACAUUUGUCUCGGUGCAUGUCAUUUAACAAUCACAUUCUAUGAGGAGAAAGAGAUAUACAGAGAGAGAAAAAUAAAACAUUACAAGCCACUGACUUUUCAUUAAAUCUCAGUACAGACAUUUUUACUUAAUAUUUCGAAAAGAAAAAAAAAAUGCAAAAAAAAAAGAAAGAAAGAAAACAAAGCAGCCGUAAUCCCAGAUCCCCCACCCCACCCUAAAAAAAAAACAACCUUUAAAACUGAGAAAACCCCUUGAGGGUGACAGGCUAGAAUCCCACAGUGCUAAAGAGUGAGACGCUCAUUGGUUUUAGGAAUACACAGCAUGGCGAUGUAGCGCUAGGUCAAUCUGAAUCAGGGGGAAGGAAGCUGGAGGUGGAGGGCUAUACAUGAAUCACCUCUCCACCCCGCCUCCACCCCCUUAAAAACAAAUAAAAAACACAUUGGAUCCCAAAAACCCCUGCAAUAGAUCAGCCACUUAAGAAGUAGGCCAUAAAAUCCCCAUCUUCCGCCCCCCCCCCCCUCCCCACAAACGCUUGUGCAUAGUUUCAUGAUCCUUUACAACCAGCUCAUGUUUUACAAACAUCCUCCAAAAUGUGAAAAAUGUUCCACAAAAGUCUGAUUUUUUAUGUUAUUUUAUUAUACCCGCUGUGGGAGAAUGAGAGAAAGAGUAAUGCACAAUGUUCCUGAUUCAGUCAGGACGGGACCUCAUUAAGAAAACACAAUAAAGAUUCAAACAUA